AUGCUCAACGAUACACCUGAAGUGCCCGUAGGCUUCCUAGGAGGUCUCGCGUGGGACUUUAUCGCCCCCAUUCACGAUGCGUCUAAAUCGCAUCCUCAAUUUUGGGUUACGCUCACUUCUCCCCUCUUUUUGGACAAUUUGAAAUCUUACUUUGGAGCUGCUGCGGGUAUUUUGCUUACCUUGCUCUUUGUAUAUAUAAUUGCUCGCUCCGUAUACCUUGUCACCUGGCAUCCGUAUGCUAAGUACCCGGGCCCCUUUUUGGCCAAAUUUACCAUCCUUUACAGCGCAUACCAUGCACUGAAGGGUGAUCUUCAUCUGGACAUGUGGAAGUGCCACCAGAAAUAUGAAAUCUACCAAUCAGCCAAACAAAUCCAAAAAUCUCCAGAUUAUCAGGUCAUGAACUUGAAGGUUGCGAGCACAUUUACCGAAGUUGAUAAAAAGAUUCACGAACGAAAGCGUCGCCUCGUCAGCCACGGUUUCUCCGAUGCCUCGCUUCGAUUGUAUGAGCCGCGGAUUCUGACCAACGUCACCAAAUUUGUGAAUCGAAUUUUAUCUAGCAAAAAGUCCGAGGAUGGAUGGACUGAGUCUCUGAAUAUCGGCGACUUUGCUGGUGACUUUGCUUUCGACGUGAUGACAUCAGUUAUCUAUGGACUCUGUUACAAUCUGCAGGAGGAUCCUAAGUAUAGAUUCAUCAUUCCUGUUAUUUCAGGUGUCAACUUUCGAAUCGGCAUCCUCUCGCAGGCCCCCAUGCUGGCUUGGCGCAAGAUGGACAGAUACAUAUUCCACAAAGCAAUUAAGGCACGAAAUGUGUUCUUAGGCUUCGUUGGAAAGAUCAUUAAGGAUCGCAUGAAAGCAACAGAUAUCACCGGUGAUGCUUUCUCCAUUUUGUUUGCUGCCAAGGAUGAUGAGCUUAAGGAGGGGCUAAGCCGCGAUCAGUUGAAUGCCGAAAGUCUGAACUUCGUCGUGGCUGGGUCUGACACGACUGCCACUUCCAUGUCCGCAACUAUCUUCUACCUCACCAGAUAUCCCGACGCAUACACAAAGGCAGUAGCGGAGGUUCGUUCUGCAUUCCACGACAUUAAAGAUUGCUCUGUGGAGAAAGGUCCUUCCCGGGGAUUGUCCUUUGGCGGCGAGUAUGUGCCCGAGGGCUGCGAGCUGGGCACCGGUAUCUAUAGUAUUCACCACAGCUCCAAGUACUACCGUGAUCCCUUCGUGUAUCGACCGGAGCGGUGGUUCAGUCAUCAGCCCGAUGUUAAUGGUCAAUAUUCCGAGGAGGCUGCACUUGAGCUCGAAGAAGCGAAGGCUGCGUUCAACCCUUUCUCUCUUGGUAUGAGGGGAUGUGUUGGCAAGGCUCUGGCGAUGAAUGAGAUCAUGCUUGCUUUUGCGGCACUUUUGGUUAGUUGUGAUAUUCAGUUAACUCAUUGUGAAGAAUCACGUCUUGGUGAAGGUUCUAAGAAUGCUGAAUAUGGACGUCAUCGUGUUUUCGAAUACCAAGUGAAGGAUUGGCUUAUUGCCUGUCGCAAUGGUCCGAUGGUAAAGGCAAAGGCCUGGUCUCGCGAUGAAUGA